AGUCUUGACACUAAUGACAUAUAAAAACCUAAACAAAACAACUUUUAAAAUUUAAAAUCCAAAUUAAAGAAUAAAUAAAUUAACAAUAGUGUUUUCAACCCUUAAACCUUAAAAACUUUACCCGUAGAUCCCAACUCCUUAAGUUGUUCAUUUUAAAACGAAACCAGUAAGUGCCAAAACGUGAUUAUAUUUGAUGACACCCCUGUUUGUUCAAUAACAUAAACUUCACACUAAAUUAAUGAUUUUUCUCACCCCGCACGUUCAAUGAGUUCAGACGAUAACGACAAAUCCACUGAGAGGGUGCUGGAAUAUUACCAGAAGUAUUCCCAAAACAAGAAUCUUCCUAAAUACUUCUCGGGCACCUCAGUAUCAUAUUUGCCCCCAAUAGAAGUCGACAGUGAUGACAACAGUAAGUACAUACCUAAAAACAGGCCUGAGAUUCCCAAGAUCACUGUUACUGAGGAAGUUAAGUAUGUAGAAAAAGAAAUUGUGCUAGUUAAUAAUUCUCCAAAUGCCAGCUCCUCUGAAAGUCCUUCUGAGCAUAAAAAACUUGAAUGGGAUAAUGGGGCUGACAUAGGUUAUCAUUCUGCCAGGGAAUAUUCAAGAAAAAAACUUUUUAAGAGUGCAUCCUUGCCUAUUAUCGAUAAAGCUAUCACUGAUCAAAUCAUUAUUCUCCCAAAAGAAAAACCUUCUACCAUAAUAGCUCAUCACGGCAGUGAUGAAAAUAUAGACCUAAUAGUAUACAGUUCAGAGAGCAGUUGUACCAAAAGCAACCCAGACAGCAAAGAAAGCCCAAUUUCAUCGAACACACCAGCAGAGACCCCAAAAUCUUCAACUUCAGAGACCAGUUCAGCUUUGGAGCCACCAAAAAGCCACUCUGACUCAGAUGUCUCCAAAUUCGUAGAGUUUCAAAGUUCAAUAGAUUAUUUAAAGAAGAAAAUUGGUUUGCCAGGGGCUCAGUCCACACCAAAUAUUAUUGAGCUUGAUUUGGGCAAAAUUGGGAGUUCGGGAACUUCUUUGGCCGCUUUAUUGUCUGGAAAGAGCAGUAGCGAGGCAAGUAGCAGCUCUGGGAAAGGAACUGGACAAUUACACUUAAAAGUAUCAGACAACUCAAUAAUGCAAAAACCUUCAGAUGAAGGCUCAAACAUGACCCAAAAAACUACAAGCACUACCUCUAACCUUCAAUCGAAAAGCACCAAAAAGACCUUUCAAACGAAAUUUGUAGAACUAAGUAUAUCCACUCCUAUAAAUGUAAACUGUAAGGGACCAACUGUUUGCUCCAAAGAUAAAAUAUUACAGACUGAAACUGUUUUUACCCCAAAAGCAGUACAAACUGACAAUUUCACCCCUAAAAGUGAUGUUAAAACUAAUAAAAAAGACCAGGAAGUGCAAUACACUUUAUAUGGAGAGGCUGACUUGGCUUCUAGUUUUGAAUACAUCAACAUUAGUGACAGUGACAAUGUAAAAAAAUCAAGCCAAGAAGAGCCAUUUUGUACUGCAUUAAUAAGCAAACAGUGCAACUCCUCUAAAAAAUCUACAAACAUAUCUGGAGGUUUAUCCAGCACAGUAGAUUCUAGUAACAUAUCAAAAUCCAGCUCAGAAGACAUUGACAAGCAAAUAGAGAAACUGCAAAGGCUCCUCAAGAGCAAGAAAGCCGACCAUGGCACCAAGAAAAAGCUGCUGAAGCUUUUAGGAGAUUUGGAUACAUCCGUAGACUCCAGUGCCAGUUCGGAAUUCUUUGUGCCUAAAAAAGAUAAGAAACUGAAGACAAAAGUUGUAUUUAAGGACGCGGACAAUAUUAUAUCAGCUUAUAAAGAGCGAAAGUCCAGUCAAGCCAGUACAAGCGAGACAAAAUUUCAAAGUCGGUCCAUUUUACCGAGCCAUAGCGAGAGUUCGGACAGUAGCAAAGCAGCACUUCCAAAGACAGGUGAAAGUUCUAUUAAAAGUCCUUGUGAGGGGCCGGUUUCUUCUCAUAUUGUAGCGCGAAAAGCCGCUAAAAACGUGGACCGAAGCAACGGAGACGGUGUGCACGUGUCCGAUAUUGAUGAGCAAGUAAAAUUUAAGAAUAAUCAAAUCAUUCAAUCUUUAACUACACAUUGCAGUAAAGCAAUAAGUCCGCCAACUAAUGCUACUACAAGCAGCUCAGCAGGUUCCCACUCAGUGGCCAACUUAACUAAGAAGCCCUCAGACGACUAUUUGCUAAAGUUUGCUGAAAACGAACGGAACUAUCAGCUUAAUUGGAUCAACAACGAAAUUAGUCACCUCUCUAAGCUUAAAAGCAUCUUGGAGCUUAAAAGUGGCAAGUCCUCCCUAAUGACCCCUGAUCCCUCACAACCCCAGACGAACAUUUACAACAUAAUCCGUAAAGAUGAUGCCUCGAAAAAGAGCUCAGAAAGGAACUACGUGAUCCAGACUCAUAUCCACGCGAGCAAACAACCGAUUAACAACUACCGCCUUAAUGGUCAGGAGUUUUUGUUAUCAGACUCAAAAAGCUCCCCAGACAGCGACCGAGCUGUUAUAGCCGACAUAGAAGUCAGCUCUGACGAGAAAAACACCAACAUCAAAGUAAGGACUUUCUGCUCCGCAUGUAAACGCCCCAUAUGCAUCUGCAGCUCCUCCAAGAAAACAAUUAACUCCAAACUUAGCUCACUUAAGUCUGAGACUGCAGGGAAAAAAGAGAGCUUGGAAGAAAAUUCCGCAAGGAAACUUUCUCGGUCUCAAGAACUGCGGCCGUGUAAUAAAUGCACUAAACCAAUAUGCCUUUGUCCAAAUAACAAGACUUCUUCCAGUAGUACAAGUGAUACUAGCUUCUUAGAGUGUAUUUCCGAUUCGGAAAACCCUGAAUAUAUAAAUUCUUUACAGAAGGCUUUCAGGGAUUGCUGCUGCACAGUAAAAGACGCAAAUUGCGGCUGCGAUUUCGUUAAAAAGUUGCUCAAGAAAUUCCAGGAGCAGCAAAAAACUAGGGAUAAUGAGGAGGCAGCAUUACGACAGCAACCAGUCCCAAAUACAAGUAACAUGCCAGAGCUCCAGACUCAAACUGAACCCCUUAACUUAGCUAGGAAAGUCCAAACAGAACAUGCAGAAGCCGAAAAUAUCGCGGUAGAAACAAACAAAACAUCCCAAAAAGACCGCCCUUUACAAGUAGCUCCCACUCAGGACCAUCAAAAGAAUCAAACUGUCGAAAAGGUUCAAAUGGUGCACAGCCUGAGUCAACAGACUAAAAUUCAAGUUUCCAUUCCGCCAGUGAGUCAAGAAGUUGAGCAACAGCAAACAAAUGGUCGGGAAAUAAGGGAUCAAGCAGUAGAAGCACGAGAACCAUUGAGAGAUUGUAAAUGCCAAAUUAGCCCUGUCAGAGAUAACCGGAAGGCGCAAACUGUAGAGAAGAUGAGGCUCUCAGAAGCUGUAGCACAAGCUCACGUUGAAUCAACAGAAGCAGCUGCCCAAGUAAUGAUUCCUUCACCUGUAAACACGGAUACUUGCUUAAAUGUAGAGGAUCUUAAGCCUGUCGAGUCUUUACUGGCUGGAAAAUUGACUGACCAACGUCGUUUUUCCACGUCUAAAAACGACGACUUGCAACGGAGGCAUAUUGGGGUACAAGUGCUUCCCAACUCUUCCUCUUCAGCCUCUCAGUCCGAACCAGGGUCAAAUCAAAAUAAGUUGCUCGGAACCGUUUCUUCCAAGUCAACAGAUAAAUCGAUACAAUUUAAGGAGGCUGGAGUACAAUAUGAGACCAUAAAGGAACCCUCAAGCAGAACCAGUUCAACGGGGAUCACAUUACCCACAAACACCACCAUGUCAGAGUCCACAAGCAGCAAUUGUGCCCGCGUAACUUGUCGCGGUUGCAAACAAAAGGCUUUUUUGGCAGAAGUCAGCUAUAUACAAGAAGGAGAUGAGUCUAUAGCAGUGUGUAGCCGAUGCUACUAUGAAAAAACCCGAAGUCAUUCUGCUCAGCGUUCCGUUAGUCACUAUUGCCACUGUUGGGACCACUGGAGGGCCCGGAUGGGGAGUAUGUACUGUAGAUGCUGUAGAGUGGAGGCGUCCAAGUGUCCCAAGCGCCCUCAAGGGCUCGCCUACACCGUAACCCUUGAAGAAAAAAAACGUCAUAGGUCUUCUAAGAAUGGUUUGGAUAUUAAGGUGCAAAAGGGUUGGAGCAGGAAGAGCUUGAAGAAUAAGGAGAACUAUCAUAAAAAGAGCGGUGAGAAGCGGUUGCAGAAGGAGGACGACGAGAAGGAUGAAAAAGAGCGCGAGCCGAAAAGGUCGAAACGAGGCCAAAACGGUGAUUCUCAUUAUACUUUAAUGGAGUACCUAAUUAGGAAUCGGCCCGAGUUUGUUUAUUCGGCCGAGUAUCGGAGACAAAUGCUGUUACAUUCUAGGAUAUUAAGGGAGCGACAGAAGGAUGGGGCCAAAUUGGAUUUUUUGGAUAGUAACCUUAAGGAUGGAGAUAAAGACCAAUUUAAGCUAUUUACUGAAAAAGAAAUGAAAGAAAUAAACAAGAAAAACUACCAAAAGUUACCGGAGGUACAAGAAAAACUAUGGAACCAAAGAGAAACCAAAUUACGGACCGCCGAUAGACUGAUUACUAAUAUGUUCGCUAAGAAAGUGCAAAAGUCAAUGCUUCGAGGGAAGGUCAAUCACCCCAUUGACAAGCCCCUAACUAGUUUGUGAAAGUUGUUAUAUUUUUUUGUAUUUUUGUAUGGAUCAUUAAAUGUUUUAUGAACUUUUUA